AUGAGGCUCGCAGACCAUCCAGCCCCGUGUUCGGCGGAGGGGCCCCGGGGAGACGGCCCCUCUCCUGGUCCUGAGGGGCCGGCCGGCAGAGACCCCUGUCUCGGAGCCCCCGCGCUUCUCAUUUCCAGCGGCCACAGGGAAGGGCCUUCUGAAAUCGAGCCACACGGCUCUGCGCUUCAGGGGCCGGGCCUUGGCGCCGCGGUGGACAGUCCUUGUCUGCCGCCCCGAGAGGCCCUGGGGUCACCACAGGGAGCGGGGACGCGGCACUGGAGGCGGCUCGGGAAGCUCCGCGCUGGGUCGCUGGCCGCCGUGUCCCCGCCGGACUCGGAGCCCGAGGACUCAAUCCCGGGACCUGCAUUCGGCCAGCGCGCCGGGAGGACCCCGGAUGGAGGAGAGGCCAAGGGCAUCCACGGAGAGGGUGCAGGUGCCCAGAGUGGGCGCUCCCCGAGAAUGGGAGCCGGGCUCCGCGGGGAAGUGGCGGGGAGGCCGGGGGCCUGGGGUCGAGGUGAGGAGAGGCGGACGACAGAGCCCUCCAGGACUGGGCGCCUCUGUGCUGAGGGCCGGCCCCUGGAGGCCUGCCCUGCCUCACGCCCCCCAGCGGCACUUGCAGUCGUCUCUUCCAAGUGGGCCCUGCUGGGAGGUCUCUGGGACCCUGAUGACGCCGGCACCCAGCAGCGGGCCGCCUGGCUCCCCCUGCCCCCCUUGGUGGGCGUCACCGGGCUUCUCCCCCGCCCCCAGACCUACGAGUUGGGGGCCAGCAGUUACUCCCCAGGCUGA